CGGCGGCGGGAGGAGGGGGACCGGGGAGCAGGCAGCAGCGGCAGGAGGGGACCGAGGAACCGGCGGCGGCAGCAGCAGCCGGGUUGCUAGGGAUGGAGAGAUCCCGUGUCACCCGGAUGUGAGUGUCAUGUUGGCCCAAACUCUGAGGGAUUUGGCAGCGGCGAAGCAGCAGCGGCAGGAGGAGGAGGAGCAGCGGCAGCCCCUCGCACGUCUCUAGUCACUACCAUGGGGGUCGGGUAGCGGGUAGCGCAGGGGCAGCGCGCACCUGGCUCGGGGUGGGGUUGGGGGGCGUCUCUGCCCUUUUUUGUUUUUUCGUUUUCCUCUCACACGCUGGACAAAGUGAGAAAAAUGCACCAGCAGCAGCAGCCCGAGCAGCACCCUGAAGAGGUGAACUAUGCAAGUAGCACCAGGAUUCCUCUCCCUGGUGACGGACCAGCUAUUCAGUCAAACAGUUCAGCACCAUCCAAGCAAACUGUUCUAUCUUGGCAAGCUGCAAUCGAUGCUGCUAGACAAGCAAAGGCUGCCCAAAACAUGAGUACCACCACAGCCCAGCCUGUAGGAUCUCUGUCCCAAAGAAAACGCCAGCAAUAUGCCAAGAGCAAAAAACAGGGUAAUACGUCCAAUAGUCGGCCACCCCGUGCCCUUUUCUGUUUAUCCCUCAACAAUCCAAUACGAAGAGCCUGCAUUAGUCUAGUAGAAUGGAAACCAUUUGACAUAUUUAUACUACUGUCUAUUUUUGCCAAUUGUGUGGCCUUAGCUGUUUACAUCCCAUUCCCAGAAGAUGAUUCUAAUUCAACUAAUCAUAAUUUGGAAAAAGUAGAAUAUGCCUUCCUGAUAAUUUUUACAGUUGAAACAUUUUUGAAGAUUAUAGCAUAUGGAUUAUUAUUACACCCCAAUGCAUAUGUUAGAAACGGAUGGAAUUUAUUGGAUUUUGUAAUAGUAAUAGUAGGAUUAUUUAGUGUAAUAUUGGAACAAUUAACCAAAGAAACAGACGGUGGCAGCCACUCAGGUGGCAAACCUGGUGGCUUUGAUGUCAAAGCCCUAAGAGCCUUUCGUGUACUGCGACCUCUCCGACUUGUAUCAGGAGUGCCCAGUUUACAAGUUGUCCUGAACUCCAUUAUAAAAGCCAUGGUCCCCCUCCUCCAUAUUGCCCUUUUGGUAUUGUUUGUAAUCAUAAUCUAUGCUAUUAUAGGAUUGGAACUUUUUAUUGGAAAAAUGCACAAAUCUUGUUUUCUUAUUGAUUCAGAUAUACUAGUUGAAGAUGAUCCAGCACCUUGUGCAUUCUCAGGGAACGGCCGUCAGUGUGUCAUGAACGGCACCGAAUGUAAGGGUGGAUGGGUUGGACCGAACGGAGGCAUAACCAACUUCGAUAACUUUGCAUUUGCAAUGCUGACUGUGUUCCAGUGUAUAACCAUGGAAGGAUGGACUGAUGUGUUGUACUGGGUAAAUGAUGCAAUAGGAUGUGAGUGGCCAUGGAUCUAUUUUGUUAGUCUUAUCAUCCUUGGCUCAUUUUUCGUACUUAACCUGGUUCUUGGUGUACUUAGUGGAGAAUUUUCCAAAGAAAGGGAAAAAGCCAAGGCCCGAGGUGACUUUCAGAAGCUACGUGAAAAACAACAGCUCGAAGAAGAUCUGAAGGGAUAUUUGGACUGGAUUACCCAGGCAGAAGACAUUGACCCCGAGAAUGAUGAAGAGGCUGAUGAAGAAGGCAAGAGGAACAGGCUUACACUGGCUGACUUAAUGGAAGACAAGAAGAAAAGCAGACUUAGCUGCUUUGGCCGUUCUUCCAAUAAACAUGCGAGCAUGCCCACCAGCGAGACCGAGUCCGUCAACACGGAGAACGUCAGCGGGGAAGGGGAGAGCCCGGCGUGCUGUGGGAGCUUGUGUCAAACCAUCUCAAAAUCCAAGUUCAGUCGGCGCUGGCGUCGCUGGAACCGCUUUAACAGAAGAAAAUGUAGGGCUGCAGUAAAAUCUGUCACAUUUUAUUGGCUUGUUAUUGUCUUGGUCUUUUUGAACACGUUAACUAUCUCAUCAGAGCAUUACAAUCAACCUGACUGGCUGACCCAGAUCCAAGAUAUCGCAAAUAAAGUUCUUCUGGCUUUAUUCACCUGUGAAAUGUUAGUAAAGAUGUACAGCUUGGGCCUACAGGCCUAUUUUGUUUCUCUCUUUAACCGCUUUGAUUGCUUCGUUGUUUGUGGUGGCAUUGUUGAAACCAUUUUGGUGGAGUUGGAAAUUAUGUCACCCCUUGGAAUUUCAGUGUUUCGCUGUGUUCGUCUCCUGCGUAUAUUUAAAGUAACAAGGCACUGGGCAUCCCUGAGCAACUUGGUAGCAUCCUUGUUAAACUCAAUGAAGUCCAUUGCUUCACUGUUGCUUCUGCUUUUCCUCUUCAUCAUAAUCUUCUCGUUGCUUGGAAUGCAGCUGUUUGGAGGCAAAUUUAAUUUUGAUGAAACUCAAACAAAACGGAGCACCUUCGAUAAUUUUCCACAAGCCCUUUUAACUGUAUUCCAGAUCCUAACAGGUGAAGACUGGAAUGCUGUCAUGUAUGAUGGCAUAAUGGCAUACGGUGGUCCCUCAUCCUCAGGCAUGAUCGUCUGUAUAUAUUUCAUUAUCCUCUUCAUCUGUGGUAACUAUAUCUUGCUAAAUGUCUUCUUGGCCAUUGCUGUGGAUAACUUGGCAGAUGCUGAAAGUCUAAAUACAGCUCAGAAAGAAGAAGCUGAAGAAAAGGAAAGGAAAAAGAAUGCAAGAAAGGAGAGUCUGGAAAAUAAAAAAAGUGAGAAGUCAGAAGGUGAUCAAAAGAAGCCCAAGGAUAGUAAGGUGACAAUUGGCGAAUAUGGAGAAGGAGAGGAUGAGGAUAAAGAUCCCUAUCCCCCCUGUGAUGUACCAGUGGGUGAAGAUGAAGAAGAUGAGGAGGAGGAACCAGAGGUACCAGCAGGCCCACGUCCCCGUAGAAUAUCAGAGCUCAACAUGAAGGAGAAGAUAACACCGAUCCCUGAAGGGAGUGCCUUCUUCAUUUUCAGCAGCACCAACCCAAUUCGAGUGGGAUGCCACAGACUUAUCAAUCACCACAUCUUUACCAAUCUCAUCCUCGUCUUCAUCAUGCUGAGCAGUGUUUCCUUAGCAGCAGAAGAUCCAAUUCGCAGCCACUCUUUUCGAAAUAAUAUCCUAGGGUAUGCAGAUUAUGUCUUCACUAGUAUGUUUACAUUUGAGAUCAUUUUGAAGAUGACAGCUUUUGGAGCAUUCCUUCAUAAAGGGUCCUUCUGCAGGAAUUAUUUUAAUUUGCUGGAUUUGCUGGUUGUGGGCGUUUCUCUGGUAUCAUUUGGGAUUCAAUCAAGUGCUAUCUCAGUCGUGAAGAUUCUCAGAGUUUUAAGGGUCUUGAGGCCUCUAAGGGCAAUAAACAGAGCAAAAGGACUUAAGCACGUUGUUCAAUGUGUCUUUGUGGCUAUUAGAACUAUUGGUAAUAUCAUGAUUGUUACAACUCUGCUGCAAUUCAUGUUUGCUUGUAUUGGGGUGCAGCUGUUUAAGGGAAAAUUCUACAAGUGCACAGAUGAGGCAAAACAGAACCCCGAGGAAUGCCGAGGGAUUUACAUCGUUUAUAAGGAUGGAGAUGUCGAUAGUCCCAUGGUCAAAGAGAGAGUCUGGCAGAACAGUGAUUUCAACUUUGAUAACGUUCUCUCUGCUAUGAUGGCCCUUUUCACAGUCUCCACCUUUGAAGGCUGGCCAGCGCUGCUAUACAAAGCCAUUGAUUCAAAUGGCGAGAAUGUAGGACCUGUAUACAACUAUAGAGUGGAGAUCUCAAUUUUUUUCAUCAUCUAUAUCAUCAUUAUUGCUUUCUUUAUGAUGAACAUAUUUGUUGGUUUUGUGAUUGUUACGUUCCAAGAACAGGGAGAGCAAGAGUACAAGAACUGUGAGCUGGACAAAAAUCAGCGUCAGUGUGUAGAGUAUGCCUUGAAGGCACGUCCUCUCCGUAGAUAUAUUCCAAAAAAUCCUUACCAGUACAAGUUCUGGUAUGUGGUGAACUCUACUGGAUUUGAAUACAUCAUGUUUGUUCUCAUCAUGCUGAACACCCUUUGCUUGGCUAUGCAGCACUAUGGACAGUCUAAGCUAUUUAAUGAUGCGAUGGACAUUAUGAAUAUGGUUUUCACAGGAGUGUUCACUGUUGAAAUGGUUUUGAAACUGAUUGCAUUCAAACCCAAGAUUUUUGUAAGAAAAAAGGAAAGAUGGCUAGGCUAUUUUAGUGAUGCCUGGAAUACGUUUGACUCCCUCAUCGUUAUUGGCAGCAUAGUAGACGUCGUUCUCAGUGAAGCUGAUCCAAAGCCAACUGAAACAGUCACAACUGAUGAGUCUGGGAACUCUGAGGACAGCGCUCGGAUCUCCAUCACUUUUUUCCGUCUCUUCCGUGUGAUGAGGUUGGUGAAGCUGCUGAGCAGAGGAGAAGGAAUCAGAACAUUACUCUGGACAUUUAUCAAGUCAUUUCAGGCUCUGCCUUACGUUGCCCUUCUGAUUGCCAUGCUGUUCUUCAUCUAUGCUGUCAUUGGAAUGCAGGUAUUUGGAAAAGUGGCCAUGAGGGACAACAAUCAAAUAAACAGAAACAACAAUUUUCAGACUUUCCCCCAAGCUGUGCUGCUUCUCUUCAGGUGUGCAACUGGAGAAGCCUGGCAGGAAAUCAUGUUGGCAUGUUUGCCUGGAAAGCGCUGUGAUCCAGAAUCCGAUUAUAAUCCUGGGGAAGAAUACACCUGUGGAAGCAAUUUUGCCAUCAUUUAUUUUAUCAGUUUUUACAUGCUCUGUGCAUUUUUGAUUAUAAACUUAUUUGUGGCUGUCAUUAUGGAUAAUUUUGAUUAUUUGACACGUGACUGGUCUAUUCUGGGCCCCCACCAUUUGGAUGAAUUCAAAAGAAUAUGGUCAGAAUAUGACCCUGAAGCAAAGGGAAGGAUAAAGCACCUUGAUGUGGUGACAUUGCUGAGACGGAUUCAGCCUCCACUUGGUUUUGGCAAGUUAUGCCCUCACCGAGUGGCCUGCAAGAGGUUAGUAGCCAUGAAUAUGCCACUAAACAGUGAUGGGACCGUCAUGUUCAAUGCUACUUUAUUUGCUUUGGUUAGGACUGCUCUAAAGAUAAAAACAGAAGGUAACCUGGAGCAAGCCAAUGAAGAACUUAGAGCAGUCAUAAAGAAAAUAUGGAAGAAAACAAGCAUGAAAUUACUUGACCAAGUUGUCCCUCCCGCUGGCGAUGAUGAGGUAACCGUGGGGAAGUUCUAUGCCACCUUCCUGAUACAGGACUACUUUAGGAAAUUCAAGAAACGCAAAGAACAAGGACUGGUGGGGAAAUAUCCUGCGAAGAACACCACGAUUGCUCUGCAGGCAGGACUAAGGACACUUCAUGAUAUUGGCCCAGAAAUACGCCGAGCUAUAUCCUGUGACUUGCAAGAUGAUGAACCAGAGGAAAACAAUCCAGAGGAGGAGGAAGAUGUUUAUAAAAGGAAUGGUGCCCUCUUUGGCAACCACAUAAACCACAUUAGCAGUGACAGACGAGAUUCAUUUCAGCAGAUCAACACCACACACCGUCCCUUACACGUCCAGCGGCCUUCAAUUCCCUCUGCAAGCGAUACUGAGAAAAACAUGUAUCAUCAGGCAGGAAACUCUGUGUACCACAAUCAUCACAAUCACAACUCGGUAGGAAAGCACGUUCCAAACUCAACAAAUGCCAAUCUCAAUAAUGCCAACGUGUCCAAAGUCCAUGGAAGACAUGCAAGUUUUGGAAAUCGUGAGCAUAGAUCUGAAAACAGUUACCGCUCACACUCCAGGACUGACCACGAGAAGCGCAGAAGGCCAAGCAGUAGGAGAACACGCUACUAUGAAACAUAUAUUAGAUCUGACACUGGUGAUGGGCGCCGACCUACGAUUCGCAGGGAAGAACAUGAAGUCCAAGACUAUUGCAAUGAUGAUCAUUAUUUGGGAGAGCAGGAGUAUUACAGUGGAGAAGAAUAUUAUGAAGAUGACAGUAUGUUGUCAGGAAACAGGCAUAGAUAUGAUUACCACUGUAGAUAUCACUGCCAUGACUCAGAUUUUGAGAGACCAAAAGGUUACCAUCACCCACAUGGUUUUUUUGAGGAAGAUGAUUCACAGAUCUGUUAUGAUACAAAAAGAUCUCCUAGGAGACGGCUGCUACCUCCAACACCACCACCACAUAGACGAUCCUCCUUUAACUUCGAAUGCCUCCGCCGACAAAGUAGCCAAGAUGACAUUCCACUCUCUCCUAAUUUUCACCAUCGCACGGCCCUGCCACUUCACUUAAUGCAACAGCAGGUGAUGGCUGUGGCAGGUCUGGAUUCCAGCAAAGCUCAUAAACAUUCACCGAGUCGUUCAACGCGUUCCUGGGCCACCCCACCUGCCACCCCUCCCAACAGGGACCGCUCCCCCUAUUACACCCCUCUGAUCCAGGUGGACAGGGCUGACUCCACAGAGCACAUGAAUGGCAGCCUGCCCUCCCUGCACAGGAGCUCCUGGUACACGGAUGACCCCGACAUUUCCUACAGGACAUUCACACCAGCCAGCCUGACCGUCCCCAACGACUUCAGGCACAAGCACAGCGACAAGCAGAGGAGUGCAGACAGCCUGGUGGAAGCGGUACUUAUAUCUGAAGGCCUAGGAAGGUAUGCAAAGGACCCUAAAUUUGUUUCGGCUACGAAACACGAGAUUGCUGAUGCAUGUGACAUGACUAUUGACGAGAUGGAGAGUGCAGCAAGUAACCUUCUCAAUGGAAAUAUCAGCAAUGGGACCAAUGGGGAUAUGUUUCCAAUUUUAAGCAGACAAGAUUACGAACUUCAAGAUUUUGGUCCUGGUUACAGCGACGAAGAGCCGGAAACGGGACGAUACGAGGAAGACUUAGCUGAUGAAAUGAUAUGCAUUACAAGCUUAUAGUAUUUAGCAAGGAAAUGUUCUAAUAACAGAAAAAGUGCCUCGUAGUUUCAAGAUGCUAGGCACUAGCUGGAGUGAAUAACCAAUCCAAGUUUUGUACGAGUGAUGUCACACCUCAAGGAAGCCAUAACUAAUAAAUUUAUUAUCUCCAGGUUGCCGAAACGUGAACAGAGCUGCGGUAGGUCAAGUAUCCUCCCACAGAGUCUUCAGUUCCUCUGUAGGAAUAAGGUUAUUUAGAAACCAAGCAGAUUGUGACAAUCAGUUUUUUGAGGGCUAGAGCAGGAUUCUGAGGUGUAAUAUCUUGCCUGUCUUUCAACCUUGUGCUGCUGUCCUCCCUAGCGGGAUUUUGUCAGUGACAAUGUCUGUAGAGGUCUGGCACAGGAUUGUGUGGGAAACAGCAACAUGAGAUGAGUGAUGACAACCAAUAAUGUCAUUACCUCAGUGCUCAAAGCAUAUCAGCUACCCAUUGCAUAUCCAUUCUAACAUUGUUUUCAAACUUGCCUCCUGAUUUCUUUUCUUAAUGCUCUUCUAAAAUACAAUUUGUCACGCUCUACCUGUUAGAGAUCGUUGGAAAAAGAAGUUAUAUAAAGAAUAAUCCGUCAUAUGUAACAUCAGUUUACAUAGGAAAAUAUCAUUCAGAUGGUCUGUUUUAUGACUAUCAUGUUAAGGGCAAAAUAUACUGGAAUAAUUGCAUUCUUACUAAUGCACUUGCAACCAGGUUAUAGUAGAAUUAGAUAAGAUAGUUUGCUAAAAAUUAUAUAGUAGAAAAUAUUGUAAAUUAAUUGUAAUAUACAAUGAUUUGUAUUUGUAAAGAGAUGUUCUAUAUUUUGUAAUUAUUGUACCGUAAUUGAACUGCAGCAAUAUUUAUGGACCCUAAUUAUUGUAACUCUCCACAGAAUUCUAGAUAGAAGUAUUUUUACUUGGAAUAUAUAGAUCUAUAGCAUAAAUAUUUAAAUAGAGCCACCUCUCAGUGUAAAUCUCUUUUUGGGAUAAAGUGUCAAGUUUGAACUUGGCAACAGAUCAGAUUUUUUUAAAAAUAAUUGAGUCAAAAGAAUCUCUCUGCAUAAGGGAUAUACUGUUGACUACUCAGUCUUAUACUUGGAAAGGUAAAAAAUUUAAAGUAAUUUCAACUCUUUUUUUUUUUUUUUUUUUUUUUUUCUUUACUGAAAAGUAAGUUCUAAUUUUAUUUUUGUAAUAACCCCAUGCAAAAAACCCCCAAACCCAAGACCUUGUCAAGUUCAUGCCAGGGUAUUCCUGGUCAUGAGGCAAUUAGUUUUGACAAAAUGUAAUACCUACAUACCCUAAAUUGACACAGGAAAUAUCUGAGGCAGAAAAUACUUCACAGGUAAAUGAAAAUGUUUUACUUCAGUACUAUUUACUCUGCUUGGAAUGAGAAGAAAUGUGAUAGUAUGAUUCCACACGGAACCAAAAACCUUGAUAUAAAAAAAUAUUUUAUUGCCUCUACCCUUCUGUUGUUCUAUGUGUACUAUUUCAAAGAUUUAUUUUUAUGCAAUCAAGAGAGGGCUUCGAUAUUGUUCACAAUGCAGUAAAACUCUGAAAUGUCUUUGAGGCUGAAAUGACCUUGGAGGAUAAUUAAAACACCCUGAAAGCUACUGUCUAUUUUGUUAGCACUGGAUAACAAUGACUUGUUCUAACAAGUUAUCUUAUCAGGUUUUACCUGUAGUUCCUAUGCUAGAUAGCAAUCCAGUUCACAUUUUUACAAAUGUGAUGUUUAAAACAUGUCAAUAAACAUUUUGUACAUAAUGACAGUUUCCUAUGAAUAGCUUACAGACUUCCUCUGAAAUCAUUCUUAUUUCAAAUGCCAGGAUAAGAACUUAAAGGUUUGUAAAUUAUUUCUUGACCUACAUCAUUUUGUAUUAAAAACAAAUGCAAAAUGUUCUUCAAAAUAAAACUGUGUAAUAAUUUUAUUAUA